CAAGGUUCCAAAUACUGCCAGAGAUCUGACAUCGCCAUCCCGUGCUCCGACAGGAAGGAGGGUGGCUGGGUAAGGAUCCACAAGAGUUCACCCUGGUUCUGAGAGUCUGGUCUGCUGGGCUAAGACUUCAGGGGUGCAGAUGGGCUGCUUCCAGGCCCUUGACGUUGCUGCCCGCACUGCUGCUCUGGGAACACAGGAGGCCCAAGAGCCGCUGGCAUUCUGGGGUUCCACCGUGAGGAAGGAAGGAAGGGCGAGAAAAUGUUCCCGCUGUCCAGACUGGGAAAUGAGGGAGCAGAAUUCAAAGGUGUUUGCUUACUGGGGAGUGAAUCUCAACCGAUUUCAAGGGUUGCAAAUCCACACGUUUGUGGGUGAGUCAGAUUCCACCCGGAGUCCUUGAAAUGUCUCCUCUGCAUCCCCCAUCAUCGGAAGCAGCCCCUCUGUGCAUAAAGAUCCACUGUCAGUUAUGUUGAACCGAAUGACGAGUGGGGCAACAGUGUUCCUGAAGGGGUCUCAGUUCAUAUUCUGUGAAGCACAGAACCAUUCGAUGCUUUGUCUUUUCUGUAAAUCUGGAUUUUUCGCUUAGAUCUUAUUGGCUGUGAGGUCACCUGUGGGGAAGCUACAGGCCUACCAAGGGGGAUUUGUCUUUCUUCGUGUGCAUUUUCCUGUCAUCCCUCUUGGAUUUAGAAUCACCUUCAAAUUGGAAGGGGCCACAGGGGAGACUGCUUAGGCCUCCAUGAGUCCAAAGGUCAUUCUUUAUCUCUGGCUUCCUCUGAGAUGCCUAGUUAUUGGGGCAUAGGGACCAAGAGAGAUGCCUUUGGAGCAGCUGUCAUGAAGAUCUUGCAGCUAGUUUGUACCUGUCAGCUCUUCUCUCUAACCUACCCGUUUCCAUCCUGUGACCUUUUCUCCCAGGAGAGCCCCCGGGGGACAGCCAUGCUUGAUGCCAUGGUGGGUGUAAACUGCCUUAGGAGCAUGGUUUCCCUAGGGGUGAGAAGGGCCCAGGAGGACUGGCAUGUGAGGGGAGAGGCCGUCCCAGAGCCCUGCUUCCUAGCAGAUUCAGAUCCUCUGAAUACUGGCUUCAGUAUUUGGGAAGUUUUCCGUUCUUCCCUGGUUACUGGCCUUAGAAAGUGCAGGGCCACGCUGCCAGCAGGCAAGCCUGUAGGAGAUCCAAAUGAGCGGCCACCCCAGUGUGGUGACGCCAGCGUGGACAGUGGAAAGCGCUCUUGGAGUUUAACUCACGGCCUGAGUUCUUAACGGCCCUUUACUCUAGAAUCUGCAUCUGCUCUGCACCUUGCACGCAAGGCCCUAAAAGGCGGGGGCCAUGUCUCACCUGUAUCCAGCAGUGUGGCCGCAGUAUUGCAGGUGCUCGAUAAACAACUGAGUUGAGCACCUCUUUGCUGCGGCUGAUUUGGGGUAAGUCAUUCAUCUUCUUUGAGUCCCAAUUUCCUCGUCUGUCAAACUGGGGUAAUACUCCUGUUAUCAUCAUAGGUUACUGCGAAGAUGGAAGGAGAGAACAACGAAGUGCUGAGUACAGAGCGGGGCUCCCUAGCUCUGAGGCUCGCAUCUCCAGCCCACCAGGCCGGGGUGCCAACAGCAUUUAGGGCUCAGACUCCCAAGGGAAUGCAGGGUAUGAGUCUGCAGGGAGGACAUUAAAGCCACAUGCUUAGUUAACAUGCUGUUCCCACACGUUUUCUUUCCAACACCAUCAAGCAAGUCUCCAUGUCUCAGCAGAUGCUCCUGGGUGUCAUACAAUUUAACUCAACACUAACACUAUAUACCUGGAGACAGCAACAGAUCCCACAGGUUAAGGGCUCAGUCCCAUAAGACUGCCCCCUCACCUCCUUCAGACGCUAGCUGCAAGUCCAGCUUGUCACCUUUGCUGCUGACUGCUCAAUGGGCCAUAGAUCAGAGCUUCCCACGACCCCUUCCUCAGGUUCAGUGAAUUUGCUAGAACAGCUCACAGAACUAGGAGAAACUUGCCAGAUUGCUGGUUUAUUAUAAAAGCAUAUAACUCAGGGACAGCCAGGUGAAGAGGUAUGUAUGGCAAGGUCUGGAAGGGUCUGGAGCACAGGAGCUUCUGUCCCUGGGGAACUGGGGGGUGCCACCCUCCUGGCACGCGGAUGUGUUCACCAACCUGGGAGCUCUCCAACCCCUGUCCUUUUGGGGGUUUACGGAGGCUUCAUUACACAGGUCUGACUGAUGAAACCAGUGGCCACUGGCGGUUGCACUUAAUCUCCAGCCCCUCCCUCUCUGGAGGUCAGGGGUGGGACUGAAAGUUCUCGCAGGGCUGGUUCCCCUGGUAACCAGCCUCUUCCUCAGGUUUUCGAGGGGCUUCGUUAACAUCCGGCAAUACUAACAUAACAAAAGGAACGCUGAUUGCUUUUGUGACUUGGAAAACUCCUAGGGUUUUAGAGGCUCUGUCCGAUGUUUCUUAUUAUAAAUCACGCUAUCACGGCUAUGAAGAGAACUCUGACUCCUGGCUUGCGUCACCUGAGUGGCUCAGAGUGACCGUCUGCGCGGCCCUCGGCACCCCCCCCCCCAUGUCUGCUGGGCGGGGAGACUGGCAGGCCUGCCGGGCACAGGGCAGAGCGUGUUCCUUCUGUUCUUCCUAAUUCACAGCUAAUCAGAUUCUGACUGUGCCCCGGGCUCUCGGGGGAGGAAUCUAAUAAAGGAGAGGACGACAGCAUUUCUCUGUUCAGUAUAUUUUUCCUGUUGGAGUCGGUGCAAGGGAUUAGAUCCCCGAGGAUACCCAAGGGAGAGGUGGGUGCACUCCCCGCCUUCAGGGAGCCCACAGGGCGCUGCAGCAGAGAGGCCCACAAAGGCUUAACAGACACCGAGGCAGCUGCCUGGGCACAGAGAGCCACCUCAGCAUGGAGAGCCCUGCCCGCCCAGCACCCGCCCCUGCGGCGCUGCCUUACUACGUGGCCUUCUCCCAGCUGCUGGGCCUGACUGUGGUGGCCACGACUGGCGCCUGGCUCGGUGUGUAUCGAGGAGGCAUUGCCUGGGAGAGCGCCCUGCAGUUCAACGUGCAUCCCCUGUGCAUGAUCAUAGGCCUGGUCUUCUUGCAGGGAGAUGCCCUGCUGGUUUACCGCGUCUUCAGGAAUGAGGCCAAACGCACCACCAAAAUCCUGCACGCGGUGCUGCACGUCUUCGCCUUCAUCCUCGCCCUGGUGGGCCUGGUGGCGGUGUUCGACUACCACAGGAAGCAGGGCUACGCCGACCUGUACAGCCUGCACAGCUGGUGUGGCAUCCUGGUCUUCGUUCUCUUCCUUGCGCAGGACCAAGUACAGCGAGUUCGAGCCCGAGGGCGUCCUGGCCAACGUGCUGGGCCUGCUGCUGGCCGCCUUCGGCGCCGUGGUGCUCUACAUCCUGACCCGCGCCGACUGGAAGCGGCCCCUCCAGGCGGAAGAGCAAGCGCUCUCCAUGGACUUCAAGACGCUGACGGAGGCCGACAGCCCCAGCUCCCAGUGACCCGCGCCCCGUCCCGCGAGGCGGCCCCCGGGGGUGCUGACAGGUGUCCGUCCCGCACCCGCCGAGACUCCGGGCGGGGCUGGGCUCCUGCGCGCUGGUUUCGGGGUUCAGGCCCCCUCCGCUUUCCCCUCUUCCCUGCUGCUGCUGUCCUGUCCGUCCCGCGCAGACCCCCGCCCCGCCUCGGAUGGAGCAGCUUUGGGUAGGGUUCUGGGCGGUUGGUCCUGGUCGCAGAAGCACAGAUCCCUAAAGGGGUCGGAGAGUGGGGGGCGGCGCCCCCCUCGGGGCUCAGGGUGCUGGGCCGCGUCCGGGGAGAAAGCGGGGCUCAGCGCAGGGCCUGGCGAAGCCAAGACUAGCUUUGUGGGACGCCGAACUCCAGCCAGGAGUCUUGUGGGCCCAGCCUUUGGCAGCUGAGCAAGUGAUAUUAUGUGAAAAAUAUGCUGGUGUCCGGGCAGGGCUCCCCAGGAGAGGGGAGGGACUGGCCCCCGGGGAGCUCUGGACGCGGGGCUUUGGCCCAGCUACGUGCUGGAGCCUUCUCUUUCUUUAACGCUUUAGCCCCAGGGCGGCUUUGCCGGGAGAGGGGUUGGGGCCCAGGGCUUGAGACAACCCUGCCCAAAGAAGAGGCAGGAGGUGGGCCUGGGCCGGCGCUGCGGGCGGUGGGCCACCUACACGGGCUCCCCUUCCGAGGGCCCGGGGCCUCUGAGAGCCAGCCGCCCAGCCUCGGAGCUCACUCAGGUGCUGCUGUGACAGAGGCCCAAGGCACAAACCUUUCUGCUCUAAACAAAAAGCAGCCGCUGUUGCCCCCUUUUCUUUUCCGUGGGGAGGGUGGGGGCUGCCUGUUCAAGAGGAAAGCCUUCCCCUCUCUCUCCUGGGGCCCGUCUUUGCAGGAAGUUGGGACCAAGUCAGAAUCGGAUUAGUCCCCCCAACCCCGUGAGUGUGUAAUGCUCUUAGCUGAGUCACUGGUUUGGCUUCAAUCUAGAAAUAACUGUGAUUAGAGCAUCGAUCUUGUGCUUCGUGGACUUGGCGGAUGCUCUCUCCUUGUUUUCCCAGCUUUGAAGAGCAUGACACAGUUUGAGACAAGACAGUUUACUUACAUGAAAACAUUAAUAAAAUUUCCAAAUCUCUCUUUUUUUUUUAAAUGGCUGCCUUUCUCACACCUAAAUGCUGCCUUCGAGAAAGGGGGCUUGUCUGUCUCCUUUAAUGCUCAUGUUUCUAAAACUCAGCUUUGGCUAUGGGUCCUGCCUUGGGUGAUGCCGCCUCUCAGAGCAGGUGGCUGCGGCGGGCGCCUCCCCAGCAGGCUUGGCUACUCUGCAAGCGCACGGGCUCCAGUGAUUCUUUGAUCACGUGCUGAAGUCAGUGUUUACACUUGGGAAAACUCCACCUUAGACAAACUACCAGAGUACAAUUGUGUGUCUCCCUUGCCUUGGAUUUGCAAGAAAAAGUCUGUAAACUGGCCUGUUUGCCAAAGCAUAUGCUGGUUGACUAAUGAGCCAGCCCCUCUCGCCCCCAACCCCCUUGCCCCCAAGCUGAUCAGUGGUGGUUUAUUUUGCCUGUGGCCAAUCUUCUAUGAAGUACAAUGUUGUGUUGGUACAACAGAUGAUUCAAUAAAUGUCUACAGUA